AUGGUAGAGAUUGACAUCUUCGCGGCUCAGUCCGAUUGCAGCGAUCAUCAUGGAGACUCCCCCAGACUUCUCGAUAACCAGAAGCCGUUGCUACUCUGGUCAAUGUCAGUUGAAGAGAUCAACAGGGCCCUUGGACAUGGAUUGGACCUUGGCCUUGAUAUGUUGUUCCGCGCCGGAAGUGCUGCCGCUCUCAGACUCUCGGCCACAUCAGCUGUCGAUCCCCAGGCUCCCAGGUACACCCGUGACCUCCUCCGUUUACCCAGACUCGCUGAAGCAUCGCCGACACUGCGUUGGGUAGUCAUGGGGCGUGCUAAGGUCUGGAGGGAAUCGGAACGGAUGGACAGUAGGCCAAAGCCAGACUCAGGCCUAUGGAGUUCGUCCUCUAGCGGUCCGGGUGACACGCCAUCUGUCGAUUAUUCAUAUCUGCUUGUCUUGCAACCGGAGGCCAACAACCCUCUGCAGCUAUACAGGAUGCCAGAGCAGCGAUCCGAAGACAGCAAGCUGUCACUCAUGUCACCACAUCACCGUUUUCAAUAUCAUUCGAUCCUUUGGGAGCAUCUAUACUUUGUAGAGGCAUUGAUACUCCCCGGAGUUCUGGACGAACUGUACGUCGAAUGUGCACGUUGCGGGAAGGCAGUGCCUACAGAUCGCAUGAGCGAUACAUGUCACUUCCAUCCAGACGAGGCGGAGGAGUGUGGAGCACCUACUGCCAACCGUGCGAUCCCCACACCGCCUAACUCCUUUGAGUCGGUUUAUUCAAUGGCAAACGAUGGUCGACUUGCGAUGCAGUACUACAAAUUUAAGUGCUGUAUUYGAGCAGGGGACAGUCGCGGGUGUACGGCAGUGGAAGCGCACGUUCCCCGRGCGGCAUCUACACAUGAUUUUUGA